GGAUUGUUUACAAUAGGRGUCUUUUAUAGUUGCCAAGGUUUUUCGAAAUACUUUUAUAUGCCAGAAUUUAUCUGGUUUUAUAUGAACUAAUUGUUUUUAUGAUUACAUAUAUAAGUUUUUCGUAGGUGCAAAAUUGCUUAUUGAAUAUCUGGACGGAAACUCGAGCGAGACAGAGCUUUACGCUGAACAUUGAAAUGGUUUCUUGGAGUUCGACGCUGUUCCAUUGCAGACUUUAGCUAUAAUCAGAUGUUCAACAAUGCCAGCCAAGAAAAAAGGAGGGAAGAAGAAAGGAGGUAAAAAGAAGAAAGAAAARAAAGGACUGAAGGGUUUACUUAGUAUUGCUGAGCUUCUGAAAUCUGUUCGACUGCAAUACGAACUCAAAUGCAAAGAAGCUAAAAGCUAUGCGCAUCCUGAUGUCAAAAAACUUCUCAACCAGUAUGGAGAGGACAACACUCUUUUGGCAAAGUUUAUAUUAACUAAAGGACCCCCUGAGGAGUUACCAGUUAAAGUCCCACCACUUCUUGCAGCCCUUCGAAGCACUCGUUAUGUUUAUGUCAAGGAACUGUAUAUAUGGGAUGUUCCUCUGGCCCAUGAGGAUGUUGCCUCACUGGCCAUCUUUCUUGACCAACCAAUGUACCCAGUAAAUUACUUAGAGCUUAUGGACUGUUCUAUAAAUAGCUAUGCUAUUGAAAGAUUCAGUAGAUGUUUUAGAAUGAGCAAUUUGACAGCACUGGUGUUGGAUUUUAACCAGUUUGGAGAUGAAGGUUGUGUUGGACUUUGUAAAGGACUCAGAGCGAAUGGAACUCUACUGAAGCUUAGCUUGAACUAUUGUGACCUUGGACCACUGAGUGGGAAGAUUCUUGGAGAUACAGUAUCUAAUUCUGCAAUAAGCGACCUUUAUCUCGAUGGUAACAAACUGGGGUGUGAUGGUGUUAUUGAAUUGCUUACGCUCUUUGCUGACAAGGCAGAGAUGGAGGCUAUAGAAAAGAAACAGGCACUGGAAGAACUUCCCGAAGUACAAAAUCAAAAUACACUUGGUUURCCAGUUAGUUCAGCGAUGGCUUCGAUCUCAAGACCUACAUCUGGUGUGUCUGUUAAAACCACUAAGCCAGGAAGUGCCAGUCCGAAAUCAGCACGAUCUGGUACCGGUAAGAAAGGCAAAAAGGGAAAGAAAAAGAAAAGUGGGAAGAAAAAAAAAGAACCCCCAGCACCACCCCCCGUAGGUCCGUGGAUAAAGAAACUCCAUCUAUUGGACAAUGGCAUCGAUGGUUAUGGCAGUGCGUCGACACUGGGACCCAUCAUGUGCAUGAAGAUGUUUAGAACGUUGAUAACCCACUCUGACGGACUUCAGGAGAUUGACCUGGAUGACAAUCUCAUUGGUGAUCUUGGUGGUAGAGAGAUUAUGGAAGCUUUGCUCGACCGCAAGGAAGCGGGACUUAACUCCAUAAAGAUCAGCGUCACACAUCGCAUGAAUGGCGGCACAUUCUCGACUAUCAUGAAACUAGGAGCUGGAAUGAAGAAGAAAGGAAAGAAAAAGAAAGGCAAACCAGGAAAGAAAAGAGUAUAACAGUUCAUCACUUACAUAACUGGAAGUAGAUGGAAAGCAUGUUCGUUAAAGAAGGCCAGGAUCGGCAGUGUAUCGGCCUGAAGGGAAACAUCUGAUUCUUCAUCAACCAAUCACGGCUCAAGAUAAAACUACAAAAGCUCGCGCAGCUCUGMUAUAUAUUUUUGUUAAUAUAUUUGUUCAUAUUAAAUCUAAUUUUGAUGAGAUUUUGUAUCCUUAGCUUGUAAAUAUAUAAAUAUAUAUUUUAAAACUCAA